AACCAUACCUUGUAGCCAACUGAUACCAUACACACAGCUAUAUCGAGCGUAGCAACAGAAUAAAAUAAACUGCAUCAGCGAUAUAAACAACAACAAAACACAACCAUGUCGGACAGCAACAACGAUGUCACGUCUGCAUUGGACGAUUUGAUGGUGUACUUGGCACCAACACAAAAGCGAGCCGACGUAAAAUACGAGGCCGUCAAGGUUGUUUCGAAGGGAAUGGCCGAUCGGUGAGUGGAUAUUUCGUUCACGAAUAAAAAGUGGUGCGAUAUAGGUUUCUCUUUUAAAAUUUCUGUGAAUGCUCAAUGUCUUUUCUUUUCUUGCCCACACUACUCUUGGACAACACAUCAAUACGACACAGAUCCCAGGCCCUGGGACUGAUCGAGGCCGGUGUGCUAAAACCCAUCCUGCGAAUCGCGAGCGGGGCAUCCCAGGCCAUGGAAUCUGCCCGGGAUGAAGACCAAGACAAAUCCAACAACACCAACCUGCUCUUAGAACUGGCGUCUUCAACGCUGGCACUACAGACGCUCCUUUACGCGACUAGCGCCGCCGACGAGAUUGUCAAUGCUGUGGUCGACAAGCUUCUGGACCUGAAGGCCGUCGGCAGGUUGGUGGAGCUGGUCCUUGAUCUCCCCAGCGACGCCUCCAGCCUCAGCAAGUCAUCCAAAAAGAUCAUCAAUACCACGCUGGCGAUCCUGGCAAACGUUACGCGGACCGAAAAGGGAGCAAUGGAGCUCGUGGGAACAACACUCCCCGAAGAAGCGGUUUAUAACACUGACGAGGAGGCCGAGCCUCCCAGGUUCGAGGAACUCCCCGAGGACGGCGAAGACGAGGGCGAAGAAGCGUACCAAGCGAGAAAGAACGACGAAAACGACAAGCACGUGCGAAUCAAGKCCUCGAUGGAGCUGCUGUUAGAUCGAUUCGUCAGGAACGUUCCCGAAAACAACACGUCUGUAGAUCUCACCGUGCUGGAACCCAGCGAGUGGGACGCCGCGCUCUGCCUGAUGGAUCCCUACCAGCACUUUGCGGCGCUGCUCAUGAACGCGACCCAGGUCAAGGGCGGACGAAAAUUUGUCACCAAAAUCCCUCGUUCGUCCACAUCGAAAUCGGACGAGAACCAAAAUCAGCCGCAGUCGGUCUUGGAGCGAUUGAUACCGAUUCUUCGCGAAAAAGCCAAGACCGCAAACCCCUUCCGGCGGCGUGGGAUUGCGGGGAUGGUCCGGAAUUGCUGCCUCGACUCGAAGGAAAACGCCUGGUGGCUCCUAAACAUUUGCAAGGUCCUGACGCCGCUAUUGAUGCCCCUUAUGGGGCCAGAAGAACUGGACUUUGAGGAAAAGAAGGGGAUGGAUCCCGACCUGUGGCUGGACGGCCCGGACCAGGUCCGGGACCUGGAUGAGGCCACCCGGCUGUACUGCGUCGAGGCGGUACUGGCGCUCCUGGCCACCGGCCGGGCCUCGCGAAAGACCAUCCGGGUCGCGAGGACCUACACCGUCCUCAAGACGUGCGAUCUGGCCGAAUCCUCCGAGGAGGUUUCCGACAAGAUCUCCGAGUGCGUUAACUUUUUGCGCCGGGACGAGGAGGGAUCGAAGGAGGGGAGCUCGGACCGGCAGGKGUACGGAGAAGACGACGAGGAGGAUGACGAUGCCAACAACAAGGGCAACGUCGCUGGCUUGCUCGAAGCAUCCCCGUCGGCGAAAAUCGCACCCAUCAGCGACGAGGACUUUGAUGGCGUGGAUUAAGAUCGGACAACGGAGCAAGCCGGGAGUCAAUGCCGGGGAAAAAAUGCUCGGGUGCAAUCUCAUCUGAGCGAUUGAGCCAACCAAUGAAUGUGUUUGUUAGCUCACCUUGCGGCCAUGAUAGUUUGCUCGUCCUGUCGUCGUUGGAACCAGGCGAUCGACCAUGGCAUAGGAAUGUAGAGAUUCACCACCGUAUUUGGUGAUCUCCACUCUAAAUUCCUUGACGACAAUGGUAUUAGUGUUAGGAAAAAGAAAUGACACGAUAUGAAAAACACUGGAGGCUUGUCUACACAGCUGCAUAGCUUUAUGGCAAUCUGGGAAAAGUGAAAAAAAAAGUACAACCAUGCUGUUGUGUCUGUGUCUCUGUAUUGAUUUGACUCUCUUGGCCAUUCGCAUCAAUUGGACGGAUGACUAACAAACAAAUCUUGGUGAUUUCUGUACGAAUAACUGCCUCCGCGGUGCAUUCAUAUUUCAUCCCAGUGGAAUUCCGAAUCAUUGAUCACACCAUAACAAAAGCAAUAGAAUCAUUCAAUUUUU